AUGGGCAAGUAUAGUCUAACGUCUUUCGUGCCUAUGGUGUUGCUUUGCCUCACCGUGGUCAGUGUUGUGGAGGGCGGAUUUUUGGAUUGGUUCCGAAGCAACAAAAACAAGGGCCACGAUGUGUGUCGCGUUGAGUUCGAGGUGCUUGACCCGCAAGGGUUGCGCCUAUGGACGGCCCAAAAGGCGCAUAUGAAAGGAUUCGGUGUGGAGCUGUUCAUUAAUCCGGUGCGCGGUCGCAAGGCACAACAGUGCAACGUGUGCCGUAACACAACGGAGAUUACGCACGGAAAGUUUUUCCUGCAGGAUGACAACGUGAUCGUAAAGGCUGGUGACAUCCUGGAGUAUGUGAUCAUUACCGAUAACGGGAAGUCAGUCCAGCGCCACAAACCACGGAAACAGAUAGUAGAUGAACUCAACAUCAAGCCGAAAGGAGGAUGUGCCUGUCCGCCUGGAACCGUAACGCCGGCGACACCGACGGAUUCUGCCAAGCAGGUGUUUGACGUACCAACCGCCGAAAUUGCUCUGCUCGAACGCAUUCUUGAAAGAGUGUCGAAAAAGUGUGCUGAAGGUGCCAUGUCCAACUUCCUCUUCCUACAAACGGAUCGUGCCGAUGGACCGACCAACGAUUUAAAACAGAUUGUGCGUAAUUACUUCCUGAGCAAGGACGCUCUGAAACCACUAACGGAUUCGAUUAUAUCCGCGGAAGAUGGAUCGGACGGGAUCGUCUUCCGAGUGACCAACGUUAUCGAUAAACUGAAAAUUUUGGAGCUCGCUCGACAGGAUAAUGACAUACUGGACUACGAUAAGCUUACCGCGAUCGAUGACUUUGAUAUUCGUGGCUCAUUUACUGAAACUCCGUAA